CACACACCAGCAGCUCAUCGUUCAGCUGAGGGUCCGUCGGCCCCCGUUGCCCCCCCGUUGCCAUGGCAGCGGCCAUGCCAGCCUGCUACCACGGAGCCAUCAGCCGGCUGCAGUGUGAGGAGCUGCUGGGGAAGAAGAACAAGGACGGAGCGUUCCUGAUCCGGGACAGCGAGACCAUCCAGGGAGCCCUGUGUCUGUGUGUGUAUAAAGAGAAGCUGAUUUACACCUACAGACUGAUGCAGACACACACCGGGAGCUACACACUGCUGACAGCUGGAGGUGAGCAGGAGCUGUUCUUCAAGACUCUGGAGGAUCUGAUCAAUCACUAUAAGAAGAAGAAUCAGGGUCUCGCUAUUCCGCUGCGAUGCUCCGUCAAACGGAAGACGGCUCUGCUCAUAAAAGCUAGACCAGACCAGAGACCGGACCAGUGGCUCUACCAGAGUUCAGACCAGAAACCACAACAGAGACCGGACCAGAGCCCGGCCCACAGACUGGACCCGAGACUGGACCAGAGACCAGACCAGAGCCCGGCCCACAGACUGGACCAGGGACCAGACCAGAGACCAGACCAGAGACCGGCCCACAGACUGGACCAGAGAUCGGACCAGAGACCGGAC